UCCCUCAGAGCUUGUCUGGCCAUGUCACCGUCAUCGCGCGAGAUAGUUGGCUCUUCGUAGUUCCGCGGAGACGACGUGCAUACACACACACACACAUACAUAUCUCAACCCGUGAGAGAGUCCGAGAGACGCGAUCCGGGUCCAGCAGUGGCCGCGUCAUGUGCGUGAUCCUGGUGCCGCGGAAUUGAGACUUCCCGGGCUGUCACACGCCAGCAGGAAGGAAGGACGGCCAGAAGGAAGGAUCGGCUCCAGGAGGAGACGCGCUGCAAUAAUGCAUUCCGGGACGGCGGCCGCAGCUUGCCGCCGACGCGAUCGUGGGCUACGGACGAAGCACCAGGCCAGGUCGAGCUGCAGCGACGACGUCCCCGUCGUCGGACGUGGAUGAGAAGAGGCGUCUCGCGUCUUCGUGUGCCAGCGGAGGCGCUGCGAACGGCCGCGAAUAUUAGCAAGUGAUAUUUUCUUCUCGAUAAGGACAAGGUGCAAUGGCUGACGACCGAAAUAACCACCGGGGCUUCGUCACACGGCAGUCACACGUGGUCGGGCACUCGUCGCCUCCGCCACCUGCGCCCUCGUCGGGUCCUGGUCCAGGGGGUCCUGCGUCUCCCCGGUCGGUCCAGAAGGAGAACUCUCCGCCUCGUGGUCCACGAACCCUCCUGCUCAGGCGCAGCGAGAAUGGCUACGGAUUCACGCUCCGGCACUUCAUCGUCUAUCCGCCCGAGUCCUGCUGCAUGCUGCCGGGACACGAGCGGACCAAAAUCGACGAGCCUAUGGACACGAUCUUCGUGAAGCAAGUGCGGCCGAAUUCGCCGGCGGCCGAGGCGGGGUUACGAACAGGCGACCGCGUCGUCUCCGUGGACGGGGCACCCACCCGGGGCGAGCAGUACGUCAGCGUGGUGCAACGCAUUCAGCAAGCGGGACCGUGGCUGCGUCUCCUGGUGGUCUCCAAGGAGGACGACAUUCUGCAGAGGUAUUUCGGCGAGACGGCGCAUAAUCCCGAGACGAAUCAACGACCGCGGCUGCGUUCCCCGGAGAGACUAUCGCAGAAGCAACGCAGAUCGAUCAGCAGCAUGAUCCCGGGCUCGUCGCCGAGAACGCGGCAGUCCUGGGUCUGUUCUCUCCCGUCGUCCGAGAGUCCGAGUCAUCUCGAGGAGGCAGUGUGCAGGAGUCAGCAGGCCGCGUACCCGGACGGCAGGAUGCCGCCGACGACGAUUCAACCGAUCGCGGAAUCUCAGAUGACGAGCGUGCAGCGGAAAGGCGUGGCGGAUGCGCUGUACGAUUCCUCGGAGGAUACCAGAAUCCCGGGGAGGAAACUGCAGUUGCUGUACGAGGAUAACUCGCAAUCGAGCCGCUCGUCUCAGGAUUCCAGAUACGAUCUGUACGACAGGACACGGCCCGAGUCGGUGUACUCGCGACCGAGCAACGAACAGCUCUACGACAGGAUCAACGAUCCGAUUUACGAGCGGGUACGCGUCAGCGAGCACUAUCCGUCGCAUUACUAUCAGCAGCCGUCCCUGCUGCAUUACGCGAUGUCGCAGGCGGAGCCGCAGGUGCCGAUCUACCGGCCGGCCAAGCGGAUGAUAGCGCGACGCUCGAGCGAAGGCAGCGGGACCACGAAUGACUCUGAGACGGCGAGCUGCGGCAGCAUCAACGCGCUGAGAUCGAACGAGUCCAGCAGAUUGAGCAUCGAGUCGAGACGGGACUCCUCGUCGGCCACCAGCAAGGACAGCAGCACGUCCCCUUACGAUUCUAAUUCAACUCUGACCGGCAACGAGUGCACCGACGAUUCUGUCAUUAUGACUAGAUUGCGCAAGAGCUUCGAGCAGAAGGAGGAAUUUCUGCGGCGACCGAGUUACCCGAUUGGCUACACCGAGCCGCUGCCACCGUUGCAGCAGAACUUCAACCAAGCCUCGGUGAUUCAGAGAGAGUUCUACGCGAGGCCGCAAAAACUGCAGAGACCGGUCUGGCCACCCGGUCAGAACGAGCAGAGACAGCAGUCACCCACGAGAAGAUCCUCUCUAGAGAGGAGCGUUCCUGUCAAGUCCGUCGCGAGUCUGAUGAACAAGCCGUCGAAUCAGAGCGUACAGAGGAUAAAGGACGUAGACUCCAAUUCCGAGUACUCCAAGUCGCGAGGCGAUCAACAGCUCGGGGAGAUCAAUCAAUCCGGGGAUCACUCUUACUCGUCAUCGCCUUAUGACAACGAGCUCGUGAAGGAGUAUCGAGGCAAGAACAGUUUCGUCAGCAUCCUCUCCAGGAUACACGAGAACGUUAGUGCAAGUCAGCAACAGACUUUGCAAGAGACGAGAAACGGCUCUGCCUCGCUGCCGUCUUCGCCGGGGCCGGACAAGAAGGCCGGUGAGACCAAGUUUCCGGUGCCGCCGCAGGGUCUGCAGAUCGUCUCGAGACGAGCCAAGCAAUUUGAGUCCGGUCGUCUGCUGAGCGACGAGGACGAGCCCGCUGGCGAUCGGACGAAUCUUUACAAGAGCGAGCUGUCCCGAUUGUCCAACAAGAGGAGCGUGCCGAAUGUGGCUGUGCGGAAACGUGAAUUCGAGUCCAAAGCCGAAAGUCAAGAAACAAGGAGAAUGCCGGCCAGAGAGACCAAGUCUCUGGACACUGGUCCAGUAUUGACAGGCAACAGAAUAAUUCCUAUAGGCAGCAAACAUAUCCAUUGUGAGCCACCGGCCGACUAUAGAGAGAGUAAAGACAUGCCUACUAUGGAGGCAGAAUCAGUGCGUUUGAGAGCACGCAGCAACAGCGCGGAAUCCUGGGAAGCUACGAAUGGUCCAGCGGCGCGAAGCAGCGCCAGGCACACGUGGCAGACCGCCGAGGAGGAAGGUAGCAUCGAGGACGACGAUAAAACCGCCUAUUGCAAACAAGAUUAUUUGCAAUCGGCCAAACUGCUGCAAGUCGCGCCGGUCAAUGGUUCUUCGCCCAACGGCUCGACCAAUAAUGCCGUAGUGCUCAGGCGACAGAAGAAUGCACAGAUCACUGACGAGGAUCGCGCCACCAGACGGGUCUCGUAUCUGAAGGCGACGUGGGGCGAACGAAUGCACGUGGACAGCGAUCUAGAGCUCAGCGACUCGGAACCCGUUCUCAUUCACAGGAGUGCACAUAGACGAUGGCGGCCGCCGUUAUUUCCGAGCGACAUUACCCCCCUUCGACGCAUCUUUGAGGAUAUGACGCAGGCCGCGUCCUUACAUCGAAACUCUCAUCAUCGCAACAGUAUCGUUGUAUCGCAUAGCACACCAAACAGCUGCGACGCGAAGGACAUCGAACCGGUAGAACGAGAGGGGACCCUUCACGUAAAAUUCACAGUGCUCGAUGGCAAGCGAUCUACCGAUCGUUCCUGGAAGCAGGUCUGGGGUGUCCUCCGUGGUCCUAUAAUAUAUUUUUACAAGGAUCGUCAUAGUCAGAGUCCUUCGUUGAGCACCGAUAAUGAGGGAAAUGCCGGGCAAAGCGUCGACGUUAGGUGUUCCGUCGUGGACGUCGCCGAGGACUACACAAAGCGGAAACACGUGUUACGAGUUGCGAAUCCUACGGCGGAGGUCCUUCUACAGACCGAGGACGCGGCAUCCAUGGCGCUCUGGUUAAGGUCACUUCAUUCUCACGCCGCCGCGGAAAGAUCAUCGGAUGCUGUGUCCUGCACGUUGAAACAACAGGCCGUACCGCAGACUCCGACAGGUUCGAUGACUCCAAGCGGCGGCGUUUCUCCGAACAAUGGUCAACGUUUGAGCCCUCUGCCGAGCCACAAGGGCAUCAAGAAGCUAACAUCGUUCAGGAACCGAUCGCCGACAGGACAAUCGCCCGUCAACAAGACCCGCAAGCCGAGUAAUCAGACUCUGGAACCUUUAGCGUCGCCCAAGUCGAAGACUUGGAAGGGGAGGAUGGCAAAGCAGUUCAGGAGGAUGCACGGUCAAGCCGGCGGUGCGCCUUCCUCGCCCACGGCGCAAUUGCCGCCCGAAGGGGCCACCUUCAAGGUACCUCUGGAGCUGUGUCCGCCGUCCUCGUUCUCCGAAUGCGUGCCAUUAAUCGUCGAGAUGUGCACGAGCAUCGUUGAGGCGAGAGGCCUCGAGGUCGUGGGGAUCUACAGAGUGCCCGGAAACACGGCCGCGAUUUCUCAGCUCACAGACAGCGUCAACAGAGGAUUCGAGAACAUUAAUUUCCAGGAUUCGAGAUGGAGCGACGUCAACGUUAUAUCGUCGUUGUUGAAGUCGUUCUUCCGUCAACUUCCCGAUUCCCUGCUCACGGCAGAGCUGUAUCCCAUGUUCAUCGAUGCCGAUAAGAUAGAGGAUCCACAGAGACGGAUGACCACGAUACGAAAACUACUGCGGGAUCUUCCGGAGCAUCAUUUUGAGACGCUAAAGUAUCUGAUGCAACAUCUCAAGAAAAUAGUCGAUCACAGCGAGAUCAAUAAAAUGGAGGCUAAAAAUCUAGCCAUCGUUUUUGGACCAACGUUGGUGCGAGCGAGCGGUUCCAGAGACAAUAUGGUCACCAUGGUUACCGAUAUGUCGCAUCAGUGUAGAAUAGUCGAGAGUCUGUUGAAUAACGUCGAUUGGUUCUUCUCGGAUGACGAUCUGGACGACUUGAGCAGAUUGAGCGUAAAUUUAAGCCUUCCAACCGACAGUUGUGAAGUUGAACCGAUAUCCAAUCACAAUCUUCUGUUGAACAACAUUCAGAAAGUCGAGGGUAUACGCGACAUGGCAUCCGCUAGGGACAUUGUAUCAUCAAUCAUAUCUGCAGCUAAUAAGAAGAUCCAAAGAAGGCGAAAGACUCAGGACGAAAUCGACGGUGAACACGAGGGCGAUAAGGCCAAAUCAAAGCAAGAGUCGGAGAGUUUGCCGACGAUUCGGCAGAGCAUGGCCUUGAACGAACGCCAGUGUUCCGUCAGCGAAAUCGUCCAGAUGCAUGAGAGCAAGAAUCAGCAGUCGAAUCAUUCUACGGAUCGUGCCCUGUCGGUUGACUCUAAUGCUAUCAUCGGUUCGUCGAACGCGUCUCCGAAUCGUUCCAAGUACGCGAUUUCCGCACCGCCGUCCGUGGACUCUUCGAGAUUGUCGAGCGAGACUGGUCCAAGUUCGGGGGAUACGAGCUCCACCGCAUCCGGCGGAUCUAAUCAGACGAGGCAGAGCAACGACGAGAUAGCGAUCCUGACGUACGCCGGUUUGAGCGCGACCACGCAGGAGAGAGUGCGGCGAUUCGAGGAGGAGACGAAGGCGAUGUUGCAGAGGGAUCAACAUCGACAGCGGCUCGAAGCGGAGAAGCGGGAGGAGGAGAAACGAAGGAUCGAGAUAGAGUGGCAGUUGGCGAAACGAGAGAUGGAGAACGAUGAUCUGCUCGACAGUAUAGUCGACACGACGGUGUCGCCGAGUCUGCUCUCGCAACGUCUGUCCAGUCUGAACGAGAGGCUCCCCGAUGACACGUUGCUGGACUUGUCUGAAAGAUCGCAAACCAGAUCGCGAUCGACUACGAGGCCACCGCUGUCCAUAGCCGUGCAACAACAAUCCACGAUACACCAGAAAGCACAAGCGACUAAUCAACUGACUAGCGUGUUGGGAGAGAAGAUGAAUAAUGGUGUCAUUAAGAAGUUCAAGACGGACAAGGAACCAUCGACGGAGUCGAUCUGUCUACCACCAGUUCGCUACGGCAGUCUGGAUUCCUUGCACGAGGUUCACAAUCUCUCGCAGUCCUCUCCGUCACCGUCGCAGCAACAGCGAGGCAUUCCCGGCGAUGGCUCGGACGAUGGUAGCGACCUUCUAACCAGCCUCACGACCACGUUCGAUCGCAAAUGGAGGUCCCUCGUCAAUCAAUCGUCGACCCAGGCGCAGCAACCUCCUCCAGAAUUCGCGGGCCGCAACAAGGACGACGUCUCCGUGGAACGGGAGCUAAAGUCGAGCGCAUCCCCGAGAUUCCGAUAUCCAUCCACGGAAGCCUAUCGCGACCCCAGCCUUCACAAAUCACUCGACAAGUGUCACAUCUCCCGUCCGAAGGACGACGCUCCUGAGAAGGACACCGAUUCUACGGUGACCGAGGACACGCUGCAUUCUUCGGAAUCGAUGACGCCGAAUAACGACAAGCAGAGGCCGGACGCGAAUCACGCCACGGAGAAAAUUGCGGAUUCGAGCGAGAAGGACGAGGACGAUCGGAGGGAUGCGUCCGAGGAGGGAAAUUAUUUGCGCGCGGGAAAUCCAAGGCGUUACAAAUCGGCGAGCGAGAAGAGUCUUCACGAGGGUAGCAGCAGAUGCUCGGAGAACAACGAGGUCGACGCGAAUCUGGACGCCAAGGGUCCUCAUUCCGGAGAUUCCAGUUAUUCCAACAAGUUGAAAAAAUUUGAGAGCCUGACGAGCUCCGAGGUGAGAUCCCGCCUGAAACGAUCGGAGUCGUUGAACAAGAGAACGUCGGAGAACGCUUGCUCCCGAUUAAAAAGGUCGGAAAGUCUGAAUAAACACUCGACCGAGAGACCGUUGUUGCUCAAACGGUCCGAGAGUCUGAAUAAACACUCCGGUGACAGAUCGGAAUCGCCGGGCAGUAGGCUGAAGCGCUCGGAGUCGCUGACCAAGACCGAGAAGACCGAGUGCAACAUCAGCAAGCGGCGACAAUCGGUGCGGAAGGAGAGCGCCACGAAGCUGAAGCGGAAGAACGGGAUGUCGGAGCGCUCGAUCAAACGGAGACACACGGUCGGCGGGACCAAGGACUUUGACAAGGUGCACUGGCUCGAUAAUAAGCUGCAGUCCGAGGCCGAGAGGAUCAUAAAGAGCGAUUACAGACCGAAGAAGAGCCAGCUCAGGACCAGCUCGCCCGAUCUGAGCGCCAAUCGCGUCGGCAUGGCCGACACGAGCUUCUUGAUCGAGGUGAGCUUUCGCGGACCCAGCAACGUCGUCUUCAACGUGACCAACGCCGCGCGGCCGCAGUCAUUGCCGGACGCGAAUAUCGCGUCCAAGGUCUUCAAGGUGCCCCUCGAGAGCCACGUAUAAUAUACAUUCGAAUAACUUUACUCUACAUUUUUCAUUCACCUCUGAAUAUUCAGCGCCGUAUUGCUAUACCUGCCGUCUCAUUUUUAAUAUCUCUGUACCGAUUUAUAUUAUUAUAUCCCCGAGUCAUAUCAAAUUUAUAUCUCAUAUUCUAUAAGAAUAACUCGAUAAUGAUUUUUCAAUUCUCAUUUGCCGACAUGAUUCAUCGAUUGUCACUCGCCAACGUGCCAAAGAGCCAUCACUCUAUGAAUCGUGAAUUAUCGACAAUUUGUUUUACAAUUGGAAUGAAUCGAAUAUGACGAAACGCUAUAGAUACACUUAUCGUCUUCUAUACAGCGAUCUUUUUUUUACCAUCGAGUUAGAUUAAUGUGCAAUGCAAUGAAAAUUGCUCUGGAUUAGAUUCUCUCUUUUAGAGGAAAAAACAGAUGCAAGGAAACAAUCUUUAUCGAUCUAAUAACGGAAAUAGCAAGUGCCGAGAGAUUGGCACUGAAGAAACGUAAGAAAGUUAUUUUAGCGAUUUUAAUUGCAUGUGGUAUUUGCAUCGUGUCAAUUAUAUACGUAUUAUCAUACAUGUGAUUUGUGAUCGUGACAUUUUUUGUACAUAAGAUAUAUGUAUAAUGCGAAAAAAAAACAUAUAUUUAAGAAUCGAAUAUUAAAUAUCCAGUAAGGUAACUCUAUAUAUAUAUAUAUAUAUAUAUAUAUAUAUAUAUAUAUA